UAAUCAUCAUCCGAGAGUUCGUAGUAUCAAACACCUGGUGUCUUUUAUAGUAGGUCUACAGUUAAAAAAAUACUUAUUAUAUAAACUGUUAUCACUCUCCUGUUGGAUGGGACACUUUCUUGACAUUCUCAGACAUUUCAAACUAUUUGAUGACGACUGGACAUGGCCAGGAAAAUGUCAGCAAGACUGCUGAAUGUAGUUGUCCUCUUUGUUUUGGUUGGUCAAGUCUGCUAUGCAGAGGAGGUCUGCCAUCCACACUAUUGUAUAUCUGGACGGGCCCAGUGUUUCUAUAACUCGACUUGUGAGUGCAACAACCCACCUUACUCAUGGGGACACGGAGACUUCGCCUGCUACCAGAGCAACCAGUGGGCAGCGGAACUAAAAAAUGAUCCUGUACUGACCACAUUCAACAAUGAAAGUGUCAAGUUCCAUGACCCGUGUCGCUUCCUGUUCACGUCUGUCAAACUGGAACUGAAGCAAAGGACUGGAGUCAUGAUUGGCUUCUGUUAUUUUAAUGUUCACGCCUUCAACCGAAGAAUUAAAGGUAAAAUUGUAGUGGACGGCAUCGAGAUAGCAGCCAAGUUUGAACUUGGCUAUCAGAACAUCAAGACUUUGUCUAUCGUCACGUAUGGUCAAGCUGGAAACGUGACGCUGGGUGGCACAGAUGAUAUCUUUAGCGAUGGUGGACAUUACAAACAUGAACUGACCCAUGGACCGGUCAUUUACUCAGACCCCGCCCACAACAUCUAUGUGAAAAGAUUCUACAACCCAGACAAUAGACAGUAUGUCUUUGAGGUUGAAAAUUGCGGAUUUCGAGCUACGUUUGUUCCCUACGACGUGGAGCUUGGCAUCAGAAGUCCAUUUAUUCCAGGACUUUCCUUAGCUGUCAAUCAUAUUUACCAUCCUCAGUGGCUGCAAACAGACAAAGUCAUUGCACUCCCUCCUUCAAGGCAUGGCAGCCCGACAAUAGAAUCGAUAGCUCACCAUCACGACCUGAGCAAAGAACACGCCGCUGUCUUCAGAUCUUUGACUAGACAUGUGAAACAAAACCAACCUGAGGCCUGCAAGAUAUGUUCCGAGUUCCCUUACUACUUCGACAAGUGUAACUCCACAGAGCUCACGCUCGCCUUCCAGAAAUGCUUUUGGAUUCUUGACACGCCCAGAUUCAUCAAGUGUAUUUCCCCAGACUAUCCUGACACUACUUCCUACACACACUUAUCUUUCUUUGCUGCGUGUAUUGAUCACUUUUGUGAUGACUACCAGAGAUGUGAUGACUUGAGAGGAAACGCUUGCCACUGGCCACAACUAGACCACAUCAUAUAUGAGACCUGUCAGUCAUACUAACUGCCACUGUCACACUUCUAGUACUCACUGAUGUUAAAAACAAACAAUGAAACAGAAACCAAAGCGAGCGCAAUAGUUAAUCUAAAAUAUUUGUACGUUUCCAGAAAUAAAGCCAUGUUUUCGUUAACGUUAUAUCAAAAUGUUCACAAUAAUACAAGAUACGAAGAUCUGAAUAAAUGGGUUUUGAAAACUU